UACAUUUAUUAUAUUUCCCUUCUUUUUCUCUUCAACUUUCUUUUCUCUUCUUUUUCUCCAUUUUUCUUCAACUUUUAUUUCCACAAUAGUAUAGUUUUUUGUGAUUCUUGAACAACUCUAUAGUGAGUGUGCUUUUUGGUGAAAGUGUUAGUAAAGAUCUAGUAUGAAGAUUCAGUGUGACGUGUGUGAGAAGGCACCAGCUACUGUGAUAUGCUGUGCAGAUGAAGCAGCACUGUGUGGAGAAUGUGAUAUAGAAGUGCAUGCAGCUAAUAAACUUGCUAGUAAACACCAGAGGCUUCUUCUUAAUUGCUUGUCCAACAAAUUGCCUCCUUGUGAUAUAUGCCAAGAAAAAACAGCUUUCAUUUUCUGUGUUGAAGACAGAGCUCUCUUCUGUCAGGACUGUGAUGAACCAAUCCAUUCCGCGGGUAGCCUCUCCGCUAAUCACCAGAGGUUUCUGGCCACCGGAAUCCGGGUGGCUUUAGGAGGCUCUAGUUGCACCAAAGACACUAAAAGUAGUUGUUUGGAGCCACCGAAUCCUAGUGCACAACACACUUCGAUGAAAUUGCCUGUACAACAAUCAUCAAGCUUCAACUCCCAAUGGGGAGUCGAUGACUUGCUACAAUUCUCGGACUUCGAAUCAUCCCCUGGCAAGAAAGAACAGCUUGAAUUUGGGGAGUUCCAGUGGCUAGCUGACACUGGUAUUUUCGGUGAGCAACUUCCCGAGGAGACAUUAGCAGCAGCUGAAGUUCCUCAAUUGACAGUUCCGUCAUCAGUCAAUUUUAGCUCAUAUAGACCAACCAAGUCGAACAUGUCAAAUAAGAAGCCGAGGAUUGAGAUUUGCGAUGAAGAUGAAUAUUUUACGGUACCGGACCUCGGCUAAACUGAGCCAUAAACUCUAUGGUUUUUUGGGUGAUGCAGUUGGUGAAUUUUACAUACUUGCAUAAGUAGGGGUACUGUAUGUAUGUAUUUACUUAUGCCUUGGUUCCAUUUAUAAUGCUUUUCAGGAAAAACUCAAGUUUUAUUAGGAAGAUUUUACUUUAUGUAUAUAUAAUUUUGUUCUUAGGAUAUUGGAUCAUUGUUUUAUUGCU